AUGGUGCUUCCGCGGGAGGAGAAGCUGAGCCAGGAUGACAUCGUGCUGGGCACCAAGGCCGUCAUCCAGGGGCUGGAGACGCUGCGCGGGGAACACCGUGCCCUGCUUGCGCCCCUGGUCGCGCACGAGGCCGGUGAGACGGAGCCAGGCUCGCAGGAGCGCUGCGUUUUCCUGCGUCGCUCCCUGGAUGCCAUAGAGUUGGGGCUGGGGGAAGCCCAGGUGAUCCUGGCGCUAUCGAACCACCUGGGGGCCGUGGAGUCGGAGAAGCAGAAGCUGCGGGCGCAGGUGCGGCGCUUGGUGCAGGAGAACCAGUGGCUGCGCGAGGAGCUGGCGGGGACACAGCAGAAGCUGCAGCGCAGCGAGCAGGCCGUGGCCCAGCUGGAAGAGGAGAAGCAGCACCUGCUGUUCAUGAGCCAGAUCCGCAAGUUGGAUGAGGACACGUCCCCUAGCGAGGAGAAGGGAGAUGUCCCCAAAGACUCUCUGGAUGACCUGUUUCCCAACGAGGACGAGCAGAGCCCAGCCCCCAGCCCUGGAGGAGGGGAUGUGGCUGCCCAGCAUGGAGGCUACGAGAUCCCUGCCCGGCUCCGUACGCUGCACAACCUGGUGAUCCAGUACGCCUCACAGGGCCGCUAUGAGGUGGCCGUGCCACUCUGCAAGCAGGCGCUCGAGGACCUGGAAAAGACUUCGGGCCACGACCACCCUGACGUGGCCACCAUGCUGAACAUCCUGGCGCUGGUCUAUCGGGAUCAGAAUAAGUACAAGGAGGCUGCCCAUCUGCUCAACGAUGCCCUGGCCAUCCGGGAGAAGACACUGGGCAAAGACCACCCAGCUGUGGCUGCAACGCUGAAUAACCUGGCAGUUUUGUAUGGCAAGAGGGGCAAGUACAAGGAGGCAGAGCCACUGUGCAAGCGGGCACUGGAGAUCCGUGAGAAGGUCCUGGGCAAGUUCCACCCUGACGUGGCCAAGCAGCUGAGCAACCUGGCCCUGCUGUGCCAGAACCAGGGCAAGGCUGAGGAGGUGGAGCACUACUACCGACGGGCACUGGAGAUCUAUGCCUCCCGCCUCGGGCCCGAUGACCCCAACGUGGCCAAGACCAAGAACAACCUGGCUUCCUGCUAUCUGAAGCAGGGCAAGUACCAGGACGCCGAGACCCUGUACAAGGAAAUCCUCACACGAGCACACGAGAAGGAGUUUGGCUCUGUCAAUGGAGACAAUAAGCCCAUCUGGAUGCACGCAGAAGAACGGGAGGCCAGCAAGGAUAAACAACGGGACAGCACCCCAUACGGGGAGUACGGCAGCUGGUACAAGGCCUGCAAAGUAGACAGCCCCACAGUCAACACCACUCUGCGCAGUUUGGGGGCCCUAUACCGGCGCCAGGGCAAGCUAGAAGCUGCACACACACUGGAGGACUGUGCCAGUCGCAGCCGAAAGCAGGUGGGGUCACAUGCAUGGAGUACAUACAUGCUUGAGCUGUUAAAAGAUGUCAGCGGGGGGCGUGGAGACCGCCGCAGCAGAGACAUGGCAGGGGGCACCGGUCCUCGGGCCGAGUCUGACCUGGAGGACACAGGGCCCACGGCCGAGUGGAACGGGGAUGGCAGCGGCUCCUUGAGGCGCAGCGGCUCUUUCGGGAAGCUCCGGGAUGCCAUUCGGCGCAGCAGUGAGAUGCUGGUGAAGAAACUGCAGGGAGGGGGCCCCCAGGAACCCCCUAACCCCAGGAUGAAGCGGGCUAGCUCCCUCAACUUCCUCAACAAGAGCACGGAGGAGCCAGUCCAGACUGGAGGAACGGCCCUUUCUGACAGCCGCACGCUCAGCUCCAGCUCCAUGGACCUCUCCCGGCGAAGCUCUCUCGUGGGCUAA